UGAUAUUCUCAAUUUCAAAUGAUAAAAUACGAGUUGGUGGCUUUGGAAAAUCGGUACUGCUUCUAUGGAGUCCAUUAAUGCCAAUUUCUGGUGGAUUGCUUCAAUUUGAGAACAAUACAUUUCGGCAUUGAUUGGUUCGCCAGAAAUGAAGCCCACAAGGAGUCACCAUUAUCUUUUUUUGGUGUGUUGGCGGCUUUGGAAAAUGUGGAGCUGCUUCUCCUUUGUCGGGUCACUGUUCAGAAUCUGCUGUCAUUGUAGGAAAUCCACUUUUCAUCACAAGUAACGUAAGUUUCUCUCUCUAAGUCCAACUCUGCUUAUUUUUUAUCACUUUUGUUUUUCUUAAAUAAUGAAAUUUCACUUAGCUUAUAAAUUCUUUGCAUUUAAUUCCGUUUUUACAACGAUGAGUGAAAAGAAUGGUUGAGAAUUUGAUUUUUUAAAUGUUGUUGUUGUGUAUGUUGGUAGACGUGUUCGUUAAACAGGAAAGAAGGCGUGGCUAGAGUAAUUAAUUUUUCCCUCCGCCUUCCUACCGUCGUUUUCGGUUUAGCUCAUAGAGUAGCGGUGCCCCUCUGAAAAAAUAAUUUAGAAAAAUGGCAGAAUAUAAUUUCGACACGGCCCAUCUUCCCGAGGCAAUACAAGCGAUGAAAGAAAAUAUUCAGAAAAAGCAAGAAGCUUGCGCCUUGGCUGAAGCCGAAUACGUCAAGUACUGCGCACAGUUCGACGCCUCGCUCAAAGCCCUUCAAGAAUUGAAAGCCAGACGGUUUGCCAAAGAAAAUGAACUGAGAUCCUCCAAGUUCAGGAUCGAAGAGUGUGAUAAGUCAUCGGUCGAGUUUUACUCCAAGGUUUCUGAAUCCAAGGAAAUUGUUGAAGACCUUAAACGCAAAAUGAGCGAAGAAAACCUAGCACUGCGUGAAAAUGAUAAAAACUUCAAAGAGGAUAUCAUCGCUAUGGCCGAGAGGCUCUGCAGCUACAGAGAAACUUACGAUCGGACCAUGUUGUCGGAAGAAUUAAAAGAGUUGUGCAAAGAGAAUCAGUUGAUAAGGCAGGAGCUCGAGGAUGUCAGGCAGUGUUUGGACAAUCUAAAGACACAGUUUCCUCUUUUGCCAGAUCCCACUGUCGAGUGCGUAUCCAAGAGUCUCUCCAAAAUAAGGCCGUGUUUAGAGAGAGAAAUCGAGGAGUUAAAAUCUCGGAAUCAUUCCCUCCAGCAAAGGGCAAAGCUGCUGGAAGCGAACAAAUCGAUUCUGAUGAUGUAAACGACCAGAGGGGGAAAUCUUCGAUAAUUUUCCUUUUUGUAGUGACAUUUUUUAAUGUUUUGUAUGUAAAUAUUAAAUUUUCCACGUAAACUUAA